GUCAGCUAGCUGCACAUUGAGUACCCGCACAAUGUUCUUAUCAUGUUGACAUUUAUGCUUCUCAGCUAUUUCCAAUUAAAGUAAAUUGCGACUUAGAAAUAUUUUACCGGUGACAAUGGAUACACACAUUUUACCAAAUAACUCAAUAAAAGGACGUUAGUUUUACGAUUUCACGAGCGAACUAGCACUGCCGUUAGCAUUGAAGCUAAUGUCAACAUAGAUUAGCUGGGGUUUAAACUAACUUCGCGUCACAAUGAGGAUUUUAAGGUUUCUGAGGAGCAGCGUGUCCGCAGGAAAAGAGAUCGACUAUUACUCCAAGUUUUCACCCUCUCCCCUGUCAAUGAAGCAGUUUCUGGAUUUUGGCUCAGAAAAUGCAUGUGAGAAAACGUCAUUCGCCUUCCUGAGACAGGAGUUACCUGUGAGGUUGGCCAACAUCAUGAAAGAGAUCAACUUGUUGCCAGACAACUUACUGCGGACCCCAUCAGUGCGGCUGGUCCAGAGCUGGUACAUGCAGAGUUUUCAGGACAUUCUUGAGUUCAAAGACAAAAAUGCAGAUGAUGAGAAAGUCACAUAUGAUUUCACAGAUGCCGUAAUAAAGAUCAGAAAUCGCCACAAUGAUGUCAUUCCCACCAUGGCUCAGGGAGUUGUGGAGUAUAAGGAGACGUACGGCACAGACCCGGUCGUCAGCCAAAAUGUGCAGUAUUUUCUCGAUCGUUUCUACAUGAGCAGGAUAUCCAUCAGGAUGUUGCUCAACCAGCACACUCUACUCUUCGGUGGGAAGGUGAAGUUGAACCCAGCUCAUCCCAAACAGAUCGGCAGUAUUGAUCCCAACUGUCGUGUCAGCGACGUCAUCAGAGAUGCAUAUGAAAAUGCACGAAACCUCUGCGACCGGUACUACAUGAACUCUCCUGAGCUCGUACUGGAAGAGUUCAAAGCCUCUCCCAUCACUGUGGUCUAUGUCCCAUCUCAUUUGUAUCAUAUGGUGUUUGAACUUUUUAAGAAUGCCAUGCGGGCCACCAUGGAGUUAUACGGCGAUGCCAUGGAGUAUCCUCCUAUCCACGCACAGGUCGCUCUGGGGAUUGAAGAUCUUACAGUUAAGGUGAGCGAUCGGGGAGGGGGCGUGCCGCUGCGUAAAAUCGACAGGUUGUUCACCUACACGUACUCCACAGCUCCUCGACCCAGCCUGGACGGUGCCCGAGCUGCUCCUCUGGCUGGUUACGGGUACGGCCUGCCCAUCUCUCGACUCUAUGCCCGCUACUUUCAAGGGGACCUGAAGCUGUACUCUCUGGAGGGUUAUGGAACUGAUGCUGUCAUCUACAUUCGGGCGCUCUCCACAGAGUCCAUUGAGAGGCUCCCCGUGUACAACAAAUCAGCCUGGAAACACUACAAGACAAUCCAUGAGGCGGACGACUGGUGCGUCCCGAGCAAAGAGCCAAAAGACAUGACGACGUUUCGCAGUUUCUAGGUCCAAAUGGUAGCCGUCCUCUAGCAACGUGUACAACAGUGGGGUUUGUGGAUGAGUGUGUCUGUGUGUGUGAGAUGACAAUUAAGCAGUAUAGAUUUCCUUGUACAGAAUGUUUAAAAAAAAGAAUAACAAAAACAAAUAUUUAGUGCCAUAUGCUUCAUAUUGGUCAAUAGUUUCGUUAUGAUGAUUUUUGAGCGCAGCAGCUACAAGGAUCUUUGGUUUUGUGAGUUUGGCGCCUCCUGUGGACAAAAGUGGUAGUGUUUCCAUGAGCACCACCGCCUCACGCGGUAAAGAUCGUGAUGUUGCCAGCGUGUGCAUUUGUUUUGGAAGGAAGAGUAAAAAAGACUUAGUUUAUUUUUAAUACUAUUCUUUUUUUAAAGAGCUGUUUGCAGGAUGAAGAGGGACGAGGUAAUUUAUCUGUGAUGAUUUAAGAUUAAUGGCUGUAUUAUGAUGCUGAAUGACUGACUAAGGCUGACUGCUGUUUA